UGCGCGCGCGCCGAUCAUUCUCAUCAGUUUUAUACCAGUGCGCGCUCUCGCACCGACUAGACCUGUGUGAAGGAAGGUGUGUUGGUCAUUCGCGUGAAUUGUAAAUGUCAUUGGAGUGUGUGAGUAAGUGUGUGUGAGAGAGUCGCGGGAGGAGUCAGAGAAGAAGAAGAAGCUGCACGCAGAAUAAGUGACUUCAGACUUCAGAGAGGCUGAUGAGCAGCGGGACUCGCGCAGGUGACUCGCGCGCUUCUCCCGCCGCUGAACAUGCAGACCCGGCUCUCUCUCGCGCGGACACUCGGAGCCGCGCUGCUCUGGGCGGCGGUGCUGUGCGAGGAGCGGACGGUCCGGUAUAAGAUAUCCGAAGAGGUUCGACCGCCGACGGUCAUCGGAACACUCGCCAGCAAUGUAACCUGGACUCCGGAUAAAACGCGCAGGACUUUCCCUGGCAUCAGGUUUAAGCUGAUGAGUCCGUCAACCAGCUCCUUCAUACGAUUUCGGGAAAGCGACGGGAGGCUGACAGCGGAGGAGCGCGUCGACCGCGAGCGCAUCUGCAAGCGCAACCCGCGGUGCGUGAUUACUUUUGACGUCGCCUUCGUGUCCGCCGAGCAGUUUGAGCUCUUCCAUGUGGAAGUGGAAGUGCUGGACGUGAACGACAACUCUCCGGAGUUCCCGCGCGCAGAGUGCACCGUCGAGAUCUCCGAGAGCGCGGCGCUUGGCACGCGCAUCGCGCUGGACGCCGCCGAGGAUUCAGACGUGGGUUCAAACUCCAUCCAAAGCUACGAGCUGAGCGAGAACUCGCACUUCAGCAUCGAUGUCAUCACGCGCGUGGAUGGGGUUAAAUAUGCGGAGCUGGUGCUCGUCAAAGAGCUGGACAGAGAAGUGCGCGCUUUUUUCGCGCUCAAGCUGGUGGCGGCAGACGGAGGUCAUCCGCCGAGGAGCGGCUCCACUAAUGUGACCGUGAAAGUGAAGGACGCGAAUGACAACAGCCCGCUGUUUGACCACAGCCAUUACUCGGUGGAUGUGCCGGAGGACACCCCUGUGGAGGCUCUACUGCUGGAUCUCAACGCCAUAGACCCGGACGAAGGACUUAAUGGACAGGUCGUGUAUGAAUUUGGCAAACAAGUUACAACAGAAAUCAGACAGCUGUUCAAACUGGAUUACAAGACUGGAUUUUUGACUUUACAAAGCCCUGUGGAUUACGAAGACGAGACGACAUAUGAAAUUGAUGUGCAGGCUACUGAUCUGGGGCACAACCCGGUGCCUUCAGUGUGCAAAAUUAUCAUCAACAUCAGAGAUGUCAACGACAACCCUCCUGAAAUCAUCAUCACAUCCAUAACAUCAGUGACAGACGGUGUUGCGCAUGUUAGUGAAGCCACAGGUCCAGAUAUCCUGGUGGCUUUAAUCAGCAUUAAAGACAAGGACACUGGGGCGAAUGGACAGGUGAGCUGCACUCUGAAUGGAGGACAUGGGAACUUCAGGCUUAAGAGAGCCUACGAGGGCAGCUACACCAUCGUCACCAUGGCUCCUCUGGACAGAGAGAAGAUUGCGGAGUAUAAUCUGACGGUGGUGGCUGAGGACUUCGGUGUGCCUCCAUUACGCACAGUAACUCAAUACAUUAUACGUCUGACAGACGUCAACGAUAACGCCCCGACAUUCAGUGCUAAGAUAUAUGAAGGUUUCAUUGAGGAGAAUCAAUUACCGGGGACUUACAUUACAACAAUUUUGGCUAGCGAUCAAGAUUCAGGAUUGAAUGGGGAAAUAACCUACGAACUUUUUGACUCCGACACAAACAGCGUGUCCAGGUUUGCUAUUAUGAAUCAAGCUGGAAACGUUUACGCGCUUCAGAGUUUCAAUUACGAAGUCACAAAAAGGCUGGAUUUACGCGUCCAAGCCAGCGACAGAGGAUGGCCACAACUUCACAACAACGCCAUACUCAUCAUCAAUGUAGUCGAUCAGAACGACAACACUCCGUUUAUAACUCAUCCGCCGCUCAUUAACGGAUCUGCUGAAAUACAGCUCCCCCGAGACGCACCUCCCGGUUAUAUCGUAACGCGAAUAAUGGCUAAAGAUUCAGACGCCGGAUUAAACGCAGAGCUCACUUAUAAGAUCUACGACGGAGGCGAUUUUGGUUUCGCAAUCGAUCCGAAUACUGGAGAAAUUUAUAUCAACCGCAAAAUCACGUACGAUGAGUACGAUUCAUGGAAAGUCUUAGUGACGGUUAACGAUAAUGGCCAACCAUCGCAAACGUCAACAGCCACGAUUCAUUUCACCCUAACCGAAUCCGCACCCUCAAACGGCAACUUUUAUGACGAAAGAGAGGAGGAUGAGCCUAAACAAUGGACGCUUAUUUUAAUAUUGGCUUUGACGACUUCCUCGCUGCUGUUUUUGGCUAUUUUAUCGUUCAUACUUUGCAAAAGUCGUAAAAACAGUCAGAAGAGAAGCGAUGACCUCCCUGAGGCAUUGGAUAUCCCAUACUCUGAUGAGAAAAACAGUGUGUCCAUGAUCUCAAACCAGACCGCCAAUGUUUUCGACACACACACUUUUCACUCCACGACCGUCGACAGUCCUGAGAAGCUACACAGCAGUGUGCAGGCGACCGCUGAAGUCUUUAACGAAACCCCGCAGACCUUCAAGAGCAAAUACAGGAGUGUGGCGGGGGAAAUCGAUGGAUAUUCUACUUUACCUGGAUAUGGUAAAGACUCUGCUCGACCAAUCACGGUGUGGAAAGGAAACUCCAUGAUGACCAUUGCUGUCAGAGAUCCACAGAUCAGCGGUAAAGACAGUGGAAAAGGAGACAGCGAUGUUAAUGACAGCGAUUCUGACAUCAGCGAGGGACUCAAGAAAGACUACACUACAUAUAAAGGUCUGUGGGCCUGUACCAGCGAGUGCCGUGUCCUCGGUCACUCCGACAGGUGCUGGAGUCCAUCUGUAAGCAGAUCCAGCGGGACCACCAACACCAGACAUCUGUCCACCUUCUCCAGAACCAGGCCUCCAUCCCAGGGAACACUUCAGCGCAGUUAUGACACACAGACGGCCCGCAGCGCCGCAUUACAGAGCCUCACAGAAGACAACUAUGACUACAUCCACAUCUGCUCACCACACGCACACAGAAGACACGACACGGACAACAGAGACUCAAGCAAAUCCAUCAGCACAGAGCACAGUCCUGCCUGACACUACACAAAAAAACAUGCAACUAGAGGCUCGUACACAACCGGGAUGCUUUUUGCUCACGUUUACGUCAACGUUUUUAAAACGUUUUUCUGCAUUAGUACCCAGUCGGUUUUCAGAGUGUUGCUCAGAGUGAACGCGCAAAAUGACCCCCUGACAUUAGAUGGCGCUUAAAGAACUUGCAAGUUAGGAAAGAAAAGUGAAAUGAUACUCACUAUCGAAUCAUAUUUGCUGAUCUCCACUCCUACAGCCAUUAUUGUAGCUGCUGUUGAGAUUAUCGCAUAUAUUUGUGUUCAGACACCAAUGACAAAAGCAGCUCCACAUUCAUCUUGGCUGUUUCUCAAUUCCAAGAAAGCAGAGAACAGACUUACGUUCCUGUGGAGACCGGUCUUGCCAGGUGUCCUCGGAAGAACGAACUCGGGAGACCACGAGAACAGCGUCCUUUUGAGAAAUGAGAUGCUGCGUUCUUCCUGAUGGUCACGUGACCUUCACGCAUUUUUUAAUGGAAAAUUAUUUAAACAUUACAACAUUCAUACAACGAUCUAUUGUUUUUCCCCUUUCAAAAUAUAUACUAUGCAUAAAAACGUUAUAAAUAUACGUUGCACAAUAAAUAAAACAGAUUUUAAUAGGAAUUUCAGCAAACAAACACCCUUAAUGUGUUUAUUACUUUAUUAAG